UUCGUCAAUUAAUUGCACAAGAGGUAAAUUUCUACACAGCAACUGGGAAAAUCACAUUGAACCUGACAUUUAUACUGUUGAAUAUUCUAACUUGAGAGGUAUGUCAUUGUUAUACCAGAUUGAGAUGGAGUUGGUACGACGAACAGAGGAAGCAAAGGAAGCCAAGAGGGGCGCGUUCUUUGGCAAGAGUGGCAAGGAUUUAUCUUUGGAGAGUAGUGCUAGUUUUGAAGCCAGUGCCUCUGGACCGAUCAAGAAUAGGGAUCAAGAUGAUUUUGAGAAGGAGGCGGUCGAUUUCUUUGGACGGGCAAUAGCUCAACCGAAGAAUGAUGGAUCUGGAUCGCUAGAUGGGUCGUUGACGGUAGGAUUGGGAUAUGGAGGAGCAGGCGGGUCGAAGAAGAAGACGAGGAUCUGGUACAAGUUCAACGAGGGGUUCUCGAAUGCUGUCAAGGCGAAGGUCUUUAUUAGCGAGCUGCUGUGAAACCCGUACCUGGAAAUAAAGCAGAGGAUAUCCCUGUGCGA